AUGUACUACAUCUUUUACUUUUUUCUACACAACAACGCGACAAACGCAGUAGCUUAUCCAAAACUACUGCCGCAAAGCUGCAAAAUAUGUUGUGACAACUUCUACAUAACACGACCUGCGGUAGAAGUGGUUCCUUUACCUUAGCUUCCCCACCGCCCCGGUUCUUCGAAGAUGUUGAUCAUCUUCACGAGGACAUGAUAGACCACCUGCCUGCUUCCAUAGCAUCAAGCAGUAGAAGAAAAAACUACAGUUUCCAACUCGUACCCGCCCCCUCCGCACCUUGAGUCCUCGGAAAAGUACUUAC